GACAGCUUGUGCUAUAUUUGUGGAGUUUGCCCUCAUCCUGCUGACCCCAAUUAUCAGGUUAACCAUUUACCUUCAGGUUUCACCUCCAUGGCCCUUUGCCCCUUUCACCCCCUCCACCCCCCCGACCCACCCCACACUAUCCAUGUCAGCAGUGACAUAGCUACAGGCGACAUGAGCUUUCGCCACACAGAACAUGGAAGCUUCUGGUGAGAGUGGGGGAGAGAGAGCGGAAGGGAAAUAAAAGGAAAUUAUUUGUAUUGUGGGAGUAGCAGGGAGGAAAUAGUCAAGGUGUAAAGGAAGAAGGCAAAGCGUGGGAGCGCAGGGAGUAUCAGUAAAUACAGGGAUCAUCGGAAACAGCUCGAGACUUAAACCCAGAGGAGAGAGAAAAGGUAGAGGAAGAGCGUGAAGUGGGAUUUAUACCUUUGGACCCAACACUAUUUUUACUGGAGGAGUGUUGACUGUACACUACUGUACUGGGAGGAAAAAAUGGAAGGAGCUCUCAUAGUACUAUAAGUGAUGGAGCCCAUGACGGUGACGACGUCGGUGGUCGGACCGGACGAGUUCGACCGCAACGCCCCGCGGAUCUGUGGCGUGUGCGGCGACAAGGCCACCGGCUUCCACUUCAACGCCAUGACCUGCGAGGGCUGCAAGGGGUUCUUCAGGCGCAGUAUGAAGCGUAAAGCCUCCUUCACCUGCCCAUUUAACGGAAGCUGCACCAUCACCAAGGACAACCGGCGUCACUGCCAGGCCUGUCGUCUCAAACGCUGCAUUGACAUCGGCAUGAUGAAAGAGUUCAUCCUGACAGAUGAGGAGGUUCAGAGAAAGAAAGAAAUGAUAUUGAAGAGGAAGGAGGAGGAGGCAGCCAGGGAGGCGAUGAGGCCGCGGCUGAAUGAUGAGCAGGCUCGCAUCAUCUCCAGCCUGGUGGAAGCUCACCACAAGACCUACGAUGCCUCCUAUUCUGACUUCUCUCGCUUCAGGCCUCCAGUGCGUGAAGGCCCAGUAACACGCAGUGCCAGCAGAGCCGCCUCCCUUCACUCUUUGUCUGAUGCCUCCUCUGACUCAUUCAACCACUCACCUGAGUCGGUGGACACCAAGAUGAACUUCAGCAACCUGUUAAUGAUGUACCAGGAUGGCGCUAGUAGUCCAGACUCUAGUGAGGAGGACACAAAGCUUUCCAUGCUGCCCCACCUGGCUGACUUGGUUUCCUACAGCAUUCAGAAAGUCAUAGGCUUUGCCAAGAUGAUCCCCGGCUUCAGAGAGCUGACAGCAGAAGAUCAGAUCGCCCUGCUCAAGUCGAGCGCCAUCGAGAUCAUCAUGCUGCGUUCCAACCAGUCGUUCAGUCUGGAGGACAUGUCCUGGAGCUGCGGAGGACCUGACUUCAAAUACUGCAUCAAUGACGUUACGAAGGCUGGUCACACUUUGGAGCUGCUGGAGCCACUGGUGAAGUUCCAGGUUGGUCUCAAGAAACUCAACCUGCACGAGGAAGAACACGUACUGCUCAUGGCCAUCUGCCUGCUCUCCCCAGAUCGUCCCGGCGUCCAAGACCACGCCCGCAUCGAGCAGCUUCAGGACCGUCUGUCGGAGGCGCUGCAGGCCUACAUCCGAGUCAACCAUCCGGGCGGACGCCUCCUCUACGCCAAGAUGAUCCAGAAGCUGGCCGACCUGCGCAGCCUGAACGAGGAGCACUCCAAGCAGUACCGCUCGCUCUCCUUCCAGCCGGAGCACAGCAUGCAGCUCACCCCGCUGGUUUUGGAAGUGUUCGGCAGCGAGGUGUCAUAGCAGAGACGGAGGCGCGUGUGCAUACAUACACACACUCAACACACACAAGAUGAUUAACCAACCCGUACCGCCUUUCCCCCCCAGAAAACCCCCGGCCUUGAUACAACCCUGGACAUGUGGGAGAAAGAUGGAUUAUGAAAUAGCUAGACAGUUCACCUCUUUGUCAUCUGCCAUACUCCUUCUCUUCCUCCUCACCUCCAAGCAGCAAGAGUCAGAUGCCUGGACCUCUGGAUUUAUGGAUAUGACACCUGAAUAUGCUGUGGAUUUCUGCGGCACUUGGAUAACAAGAUAUAUAUAUAUUUUGACCGCUGGAUUUGCAAACACAGUAGCGUGUUACAUUUCAUUAUAUCACGCAGAUAUCCUGACUCAUUGACAUCUGGAACGGGCGGAUCUCUCCACAUCCACAAACUCCUCAUCACCACCUUACCGGGCAUCACUGCUAGAUUCCUUACAUUGUUUUCCCAGCGUGACGGACGGAUGUGACAGCCACAUCCCUUUUUUAUGAUCGUCCUUAUUACAUUGCUCCAUGUUCACAUCAUUGCAACGUCAGAUUGGAAUAGAUACACAGAUUUACAGUUAUUAACAAUGCUGGCACUUGUGAGGUACAGCUACUUCAUUAGUGUUAAAUAGCUAUAAGCUAUUGUUGAUUUUACAGUUUGUUGACAGCAAAGAUAUCCAAAUAUAUUUAACAUCAACAUGGCUAAGCUUACAAUAAUGUAAUUGAAAUACUUGGCCUACUGGUUUAAAAGUACUUCAUUAAGAUCAGAGUCUAGCAGGUGUGUUCUCCUGCUUAGCUCUCUGUAUCUGUAUGAUCAAGGAGAGGUGUCAGAUGGUUAGCUGAAGUGAGGAAAGCAAGUUUAAAGUAGGAAACGUUUCAGUAUGGGAAUGGUGGGAAGAAAUACCUCUGGAGUGAGAAAAGGAGGUUGGAUGGAUGGAGAGAGUUGCUACAGUUGAAAUUCCUUAUUUGUUCACAUGACAAAAGGGUAUUUCAUGAAUCAAGAAUGUAUGUAUAAUGCUAUAUGAAUAUUAAAUGAUACGUAUAAGCUGAUAUAUAUAUACAUAUAUAUAUACACACACACACACAUUUAUAUAUAUAUAUAUAUUUAAGAGAGCGAAACAUGGUUGCUUCCAUGGAAGCAAAUAGUUCUGAGUGUUGUAUAAUGUAGAGGAUUUGAA